AUGGGCAAAGAUCAUCCUCUAAUUGGAAAACCUGCUCCUCGAUUGACGUUACCGGGUAUACCAAAAGGUGAACCCUUCGUCCUGCCCGUUGGUGAAAAGCCACUUGCCGUCUUCUUCUUCCCACAAAGCGGUUCUAUGGGAUGUACCAUAGAAGCCUGUUCUUUCCGCGAUGCGAUCAAAGAAAAUCCGGUAUUUACUAGACACCCCGAUUUGACCAUAGUGGGUGUGAGCGCAGAUCUAACAGUGAAACAACAAGCCUUCGCUGAUAAAGAAAAUCUACCAUAUCCUAUUGUUUCUGACAUGAAUGGUGAAGCACGUAAAGCUUUUAAAGUGGGAAGAGCUUUUUUCGGAGCUAUACCCGAACGUGCUACAUUCUUCGUAGAUCGUCAAGGUAUAGUUAAGGGAGUUUGUACUGAUAACCUUAAUCCUUAUGCUCAUACUAAAUUCGUCGAGAAACAUUUGAAGGAAAUCGUCGACGCUGGUCCAUGA